AUGGGAAGUGAAACCGAAAUCCUCAGCUGGGGAGCGGGAGGCGGGGAGCGAGGCGGCGCCGCCGCGGCUUCGCCUGCUGCCGCCGCGGCCCGGCGCGCUGUGCCCAUGUCCCACAAGGCGGGAAGGGGGGAGGAAGAAGAAGAGGAGGAGGAAGAGGAGGAGGGGGGGGAGGAGGAGGAGGAGGAGGAGGAAGAAGGAGAAGCGGCGAGGAGCAGCCAGAAGCGGCACAAGAGCCAUCACGAGCCGCCGGCGAGCGGCGGCAGGACGCAGGACCGGCAUGAGAGGAAAAGGAAGAAGCGGGAGGCGCAGCAGCUCCAGAAGCUCCAGCACCUGGAGUCGUUCUACGAGAAACCUCCCCCAGGGCUAAUUAAGGAAAAUGAAACAAAACCAGAAGACUGCAUACCUGAUGUACCAGGCAAUGAAAGUGCACGAGAAUUCCUGGCACAUGCCCCAACAAAAGGGCUUUGGAUGCCUUUGGGAAAAGAAGUCAAAGUUAUGCAGUGUUGGAGGUGUAAACGUUAUGGACACAGAACAGGAGAUAAAGAAUGCCCAUUCUUUAUUAAAGGCAAUCAGAAAUUGGAACAAUUUAGAGUAGCACAUGAAGAUCCAAUGUAUGAUAUAAUAAGAGAAAAUAAACGUCAUGAAAAAGAAAUGAGGAUACAGCAACUGAAGCAGCUCCUGGAAGACUCUACCUCAGAAGAUGACAAAACCAGUGAUGACAGCAGCGAGCAUGAUGAUGAAAAUAGCAGCAGCUCCACUUCCUCAGAAUGUAGAGAUAAACACAAGAAAAAAAAGAAAAAGAAAGAAAAGAAGAAAAAAGAAAAGAAGAAGAAAAAAAAGAAAAAGCAUAAAUCUUCUAAAUCUAAUGAGAGGUUGGAAUCUGAUUGACAGCAGUUGUCUGCUGCAUGCUUAUUGACCCCUACUUGUGAACUGUAAGGAAACAUCCAAAGAAUGAAGAAGAAACCACCGGAAAGGGCUUUAUUAACCUCAGAACGUAGAGGUGGAUAUAUAUAUAUAUAUAUAUAUAUAUAUAUAUAUAUAUAGCAUCCUACAUUGGCUCUGCUUUUCUGCCCCUCUGCUGCAGCCAGAGAAGAGAGGGGUGCAUUAAACAAUACUUUUACUCAAUCAACCAUAUCUCUAUACUGCAGAGCCAGUGCUGAAGGUCAUCUAGCUAGGUUGGACUGGGCCUCUGCAUUGCCACAUGCGACAACAGCCAGAAAACAGUGCCUACCAAAGGAUUGCUAACAGAUCAGCAGAAUUCAGCAGACUGUCUACUGAAGUAUGUUUUCUCCAGGAAGUAAACUUACUAUGUACAAACCCUCAUUGCAACGGGGACUGCAGUUUGCACUGUGCAAAGCAUUGACACUUCAUUUACAGUAAUUAUCAUGAGCAGGUUGUACUGUAUUUUUUUCUAUAUACUGCUAUGUGCUGAAGUUCACUGUACUUAUCCCAGCACUGGCAGUCGGGGAAAUGAAAAGCAUUGCUAAAAGGGGGAGGGCAAAGUUAAGCAAGGGAAUUUACUUCAAGACAAAACUGCAGUGUUAGCAAGACUUGGUUUUAGGUAUAGCAAAAAUCUCAACAUCAUCACCAUUAAUAGGCAGAGUUUUUCAACAUCUUAAGUGUUCUCCAAACCAUAGAAUUGGGAGCCAAGCAUAAGAGUUGGAUGUUAAAUAUUCAGUUUUACUGUAAACUAACAUUUUUAGUUAAGGGGGGGUGUUUUCAUGUUGGAAAUGAAAGAGAUAUGCAUUUCUACAUACACUUCAGUAUCAAUUGUUUUGAUACAUCUUGUUUUUUCCUUCUUAAAAAGGCUCGGGGAAGUAAAUUCCAACUUAUUUUGUAUGUUUAGUAGAGUUACUUUGUGUAGUAGUAUUUUAUGAAUCAUACUGCAAGAAGAAUAUAAAUAUGUGGAAGGAUUUCAAAA